AUGCCGUUUCCAUUCGGUCUGAACAACCCCCUACCUAGGGAUCUCGAUAACGAAGCAAAAAAAGCGGCAAACGUCUUAAAGAGCUUUGUAAAACCAAACCAGGUAUUAGGUGAGGAUCAAAUCAUUCCUCCUAAAGUACUUCAAAAUGCUAAGGGGUUAGCAAUUAUAACUGUCCUUAAAGCAGGAUUCUUAUUUUCUGGAAGAGCUGGAUCUGGUGUCAUAGUGGCAAGACAAGGCGGGGGCUAUUGGUCAGCUCCCUCUGCAAUUGCGCUUGCAGGUGCAGGUGCAGGUGGGAUGGUUGGUGUUGAACUGACGGAUUUUGUUUUCAUAUUAAACACUGAAGAAGCAGUUCAAUCUUUUUCGCAGUUUGGAACAAUCACACUAGGUGGUAAUAUGUCUGUAUCGGCUGGUCCUUUAGGAAGAAAUGCAGAGUAUGAUGCAUCUGCAUCUACAGGUGGAAUAUCCACUGUAUACUCUUAUUCAAAGAGUAAAGGUCUUUUUGCAGGUAUCUCUGUGGAAGGAUCUGCUAUUAUUGAGAGACGUGAAACGAAUAGAAAAAUGUAUGGUGACAACUGCACCACUAAAUUAAUUUUAACUGGUAGGGUAGAUCCACCGUUCGAAUAUGACGCACUAUAUAGCAUAUUGGAUUCAAGAGCAUUCAACCCAGAAGCUAAAAUGAACGAGGGGAACGACUUUUAUGAUGAUAUACCUGACGAUUUUGAUUGCGCAGAAGUUAAAAAUAAUAAAAGUAGAUCAAAUUUGAAAGAUCAUUUUGUUGUUGAUAAGAGCAUUGAAGAUGGAAUAACUUCAGAUUUGAAAUUUAAUGAUAAUCAAGAUGAAAACUCAACCAUUCUAAACAAUUCAACUACGAAAAAGAUUAAAGUUCUUGCAUUAUAUGAUUUUGAUGGAGUGGAGAAGACAGAUCUACCUUUUAAGAAAGGUAAUGUCAUAGAGGUUAUAAAAAGGACAAAAAACCAAGAGGAUUGGUGGUAUGGAACAGUUAAUGGAAAAGUAGGAAAUUUUCCAGCAAACUAUUGUUCCAUUCAGGAAUAA